GGUUAAUGGAGAAACUACCUGCGUCUGAUAUCAGCUGGGAAAUGAUUUUUGAUGGAUACCUAGAAUUCGAUACCGAUGGUCAUGAUACAGACGAGAAGUUGACUCGGUAUCCAACUGAUGGAUUUCUAGAGCCUCGACAAGAUGUGACUCAAAGGAAAGUCGAAUGUGGCCAGAUCAGUGAUAAGUCUGAAUCAAUUCAUGAUAAUUUGAAGCAUGAUAAAUCAUCUAGUAACGCUAAUACAGAGAUAAAGCUUUCUACUUUUAAAAGAAACAAAUUUCUUUGUCAACAUUCUGGAUGUUCGAAAAAUUUUCGGGAUAAUCAUCAAUUAAAAAUUCAUGAAAGAAAACACACAGGUGAAAAACCACAUAUUUGUGAUUAUCCCGGAUGCGACCGAGGAUUUUCUCAAAAAAAUAAUUUAAUUGUACAUCGAAAAAAUCAUGAAGGCAUAAAACCUUAUGAAUGUAAAUUGUGUGAAAAAAAGUUUGCGCAAAAAAUUCACUUGAACGAACACGAAAAAAAACAUACCGACAAAAGGCCCUAUGAUUGUAAAUUCUGUGAUCAAAAAUUUAAACAAAAAAUUCACUUGAAGAAACAUCUAACUACCAGAAAACACUUACGAGCAAGCAGCACAUUUGAAGAUUCUUAG